AGUUCAUAUAGUAUUCCUGGUGCACUAAACAUUGCUUUUACUGUCUUGCAUUCUAAAAGUAUUCACUUGAUGACUAUAGAUAUCGUAAAGGAAAACAUGUUGAACUUACAAACUAUACCAUUAGACCAUCAAUUAAAAUGUAUUAAGGCAUAUACGAACGGAAAUCAUUCUAUUACAUUUAGUCCGGAUGGUUCAUAUAAUAUUUAUGAAUUUGACGAUGAUGGUCAGUGGAAAAAAAUGAUUAUGGUAAACUGUAGUCAUUGGCAAAGUGGAGGAUUGAUUGCUGCUCAAAUCGAUGACAAUGCUAAUAACAUACUAACACUAAGUUAUCAAGGAAACUUUAUUUCUACAAGUUUUAAAGGCACAUUAAAUCGUAAAAGAAGGAUUGAUAAUUCAAAUUUUCUAAUUAUUGAGGAUAAUUCUGAAACAAAAGGAAUCGGUUUUGAGGAUAGGCCAGAAUCUCCAAAACGAAUGACAUGGGAAAUGAUAAACCAACAAAAUAAAUUAAAUGAAACUAUAGUGGCUUAUAGUAAUCAAAAACAACAAAUUAUACAAAAUUUUGAAAAAAUAAAAAUAGAACUUCAACAUUUGUUAGAAACUAAUGUCAAUGGACCUGAAGAUAUAAAAAUAAAUAUAGAAGAAUUCGAUUUAAAUGUAGAUUAUAGACUAAAUUUCAGAGAAAAGUGUAAACUUGAACGUAAAGAGUACGAAGUUAAAAUUCUUAGUGACAUAAACAAGUUUAAAAUGGAAACUGAAAAUAUUAUUAAGGAAAAAUGGGAAACACUUUUUAUUAAACCAAAAUCUAUAUAUUGUUUAAAAAAUAUAUAUAAAGUAGACAACUAUCCAAUAAGCAUAAUAGACCAAGACAUUAUCAAAAAAGCAAAUAAAAUCAUUGAAAAAAGAAUAUUAAUCGGAGAUAUGUCAGAACAAAUAUUUACCGUAGAAGAUACAUUUUCCAAAAAUGAUUUUGAGAUAUUGGACGUUGAAUCGAAUUUAUUGGAAUCCGAUGACAAACUAAGUAAUGAUUUAUCAAUGACGGGUUCAAUCAGUUAUGAGUUUAUAGAAACUAUCGGCACUCUAAAUUCUCAGUACAAUUAUCAUAAAUUAGAAAUGGCUGAAGAUGAAAUAAUUUUACUUAAACUUAUGGUUAACAAAUUAAAGCACAAAUUCAAUAAACUAUUUGAUGAUUUAUUAACGGAAAAACAACAGCAACUGGAUAAUUUGAAAGAAUAUAAUGAAAGAUUACGUGUAAUUGAAACUGAGUUGAGAUUGGCAUGCAAAAUUGAACCUACCGAACCGUUACCUAUAGAUUAUGAAUGGAAUAAAUAUGAAAAAAUCGAAGAACUUUUACACGUCAAUGACAAUGAAGUUCCUGUAGAACUGUAUCGUAAUAAUAUAUUAUCUAGUAAAGAAAUGUCGAAAGAUGUGAAUUCAAGCACAGAAAAAAUAAACAAUGAAUCAGUAAAUCUUAACAACUAUAGACAGCGAGCACUGGUUUUUAUGAUGGAUGGUGUACUGGAGAAAAGGUGGGAAGAUGAAUUGAAAAAAGACGUGCCAAAACCGCAAUGCAUAAUGUUAAACAAAAAUUCUGAGGAUUUUACGAAAGAUGAUUUAAAGGCUAUAGAUGAAUACAAAAAAUUAACUUUGACUUUGAACGACGAAAGAAUAAAAUACAAAAACAUUCUCGAAGAAGAAAAGAUAAAAAUUCAUCAUCACAUUGCACAGAUUAUAAAAAAAUUUGACCAUAAUGUAUUUAUGCUGUUUCAAUUAAAGUUGAAGUACAAUUCAGCCAUCGAUCAAGAAAUUUUGAAAAUGCUUAGGCUUUCAAAAAUGUUAAGUGACAGUGAUCAACGAAAACAUCAAAUUAAACAACACAAUGAAAAAAUUUUGGAAUUAAGAGAAACUAUUACGGGGAUUGAACAAGUUAUUACGGAAACAAAUAAAAAAAUAGCAAAAUCUGAACCAAAUUCUUUGCUUAAUACUAUAGAAACGUUGAAUCACAAAAACAACAUUUUUAAUAAACGUUUUAAAUCUGAGUUUCCAUCCAAACUCAUUUAUGAACAAGCAUUAAUAGCAUACAACCGGAGACCUAAAAUACAAGGUAAUACAAACUAUUCGUCAAUACUCGGUUACCAAUUUGUCAACACUAUAUUGGACCCAACUGACGAUAAACUUCAACUUUUGACCUCGGAGUUUGUUAAAUACUUAGAUACACUUAGAGUAUACGACGAUUAUAAAUAUGUAGAUGAUUAUAAGCUGAAUAUGGACAAAGAAACUUGGCAUAAAGUUUGCAAUUUUAGACGUAUGAAAAUUGAAUCAGAAUUUAAGAUCAGUACUUAUCAAAAAGACGUAACAGAUAAGGAUAACUUGUUGGAUAGCUUAAAGCGCAAUAAAGAAGACAAGGAAGCAAUGAUUGAAAAAUUAAAAAUGUCCAUCAUCAAAUUGGAAAAUCAAGAUUUGUGUUAUGAGGAUAAUCCUGAGAUUCAAUUAGUAAUGAAACAGGGGAACAUUGAAAUUGUAUUAACAGGACAUUUCAGUGAUUUCGAAAACACUACACUUAUUUCUAAAAAUUCUAUUGAUGAAGUGAAUGCCGAAAUAAAAAAAAUGGGCUAUACUAAAAUUGAUGCUUUAUCUAAUUUACUGAAGUUCAAACGUAAAUGUCGAUUUUUAAAAUGGGAACACGAUAUUCUCAAAAAACACAAAAUUCCAUUGUAUAAAUUUCGUUUUGAUCUUAUAACAUCAAUGAAAAUAACCGAAAAUGUGCUAAACUAUUUGAAGUUUAAGAUGAAAGGAAUAAAUAAUGCAGAACAAGCUGAACAAAACGUGGACAAAGAGCUAGCAGCAAUUAAAUUUACUUAUACAAAACAGAAAGAAAAGUUAAAUGAAAAAUUAAAUGAAAUGUUCAAAACAGUAAGAGAUACUAAAAAUAAAAAUAAAAAGGCCGAUGAAGAUAUUGACCAAAUGACGCGUGAAUUAACUGAGUUAAAGUGCCUCAUCGAUUACGGUUUAAACGAUAAGCUGAUACGUCACAGUAGUGAAAAGAUGAAAAAUAUAAUGAAAUUUACACAAAUCAAUACCAAAGUACUAGAAUUGCACAAAGAAAUUGAAGCAUUACAGAUAGAAUUGGAAUUACUGCUCCUCAAAACUUUUCCAACUCUGUAUACUAAUUUUUCAAAAAACACAAGAAUAAGCAAAUAA